UAUUACUUAAAUAAUUUACGUAACAACUUUCUUAAAGAUAAAGGGAUUAGCUUGUGGUAUGUUGAUUCCAAUUGGAAGACCACUUUAAGACAAAUUAAAUUAAGUACUAAUAUCUGAAAGUAGCAGAAUCAGUCUCUAACCAUACAAAGAAUUUGAACAAGUUAUGGAAAGACAAUGGUCAAUUGCAAGUCGCCAAUCUGCAGCUUAUACAGCAGCAAAGGGUAACGAUCAGAAAUCUUUAGAAAUCCUACGCGAUUUCUGGAGAGAAGAAAUGGUCGCGCCCAUCAAUAAUCGUGGCGACAGUAUUCUUCAUUUUCUUGCCAUCGGGGGAAAUGUGGAUGCACUUAGAUUACUUAUUGAGGAAAGGCUGAUGAGCAGUGAAGAUCUCAAAAUCAAGAAUAAGAAUGGGGAUACUCCUCUGCAUGAAGCUGCUAGAUUUGGGAGAAAAGGUGUGCUGGAAUUGAUAUUAAGCUCGGGAGGGGACCUUGUCUUGAUGCGCAAUAACUUGGGAGAGACACCGGUUUAUGUUGCUGCAGCGAGUGGAGAGAAAGAAGUGUUCAUUUUGUUGGCACAGCAAAAUUUUAGUGAAUUCACUGUGACGAGGGACGAUGGAAGCACUGUUCUUCAUGCUGCCGUAACUCAAGAGUCUUACUACUUCGCAUUAUAUUUGCUGAAUCUAUAUCCUGAACUAGCCAGCAAGCAUGAUGGAAUGGGUGCGACUGCAUUGAACAUAUUGGCUACGAAGCCCUUCUCUUUCAGAAGUGGAUCAUCAUACAUGUUUGGUCAAGCAGGCACUACGCCUUUUGUUCCUAUGCAGAUGGUUGAAACAUUUAUCUACUUAUGCAUACCAGCAAUGUAUGUGGAAUCAAGAACUAAUGCAGCUGUCUUCUCUAAGAGAGAAAGGUUUUCAUUGAUCAGCCUUUUACUAGGUAAUGCAUGGUUAGGAGAGAUUGAUGAUGCAAAGCAAAAGCAUAUCCUUGCGUUAAAAUUAGCACAAAGAUUGAUAGAGGAAGAAGAUUGGAGCUACUAUGCAGAUAGUGUGACAAAUCCGUUAAUACAGGCAACAAAACUUGGUAUUGAUGAGUUAGUCGUGGAAAUUAUACAAAAAUACCCUCAAGCUGCAGAAACCUUGGAUGAAGACGGAAAGAAUAUAUUGCAUAUAGCGGCAGAGAGAAAAAACAGGUUCCUAUUUGAUCAAUUUCUGAAAAAAGUAGCUCAUAAGGACAGGAUGCUUGCAGAUAUCGAUCAACAAGGAAAGACCGUUAUGCAUUUUGCAGCAAGUGUUGAGUCCCCAUAUAGAUUUUCUAUAGGGGAACCAAGUGAAAUGACAGGGGGUAUAAAAGCAGUACUGCUCAUGAUGUGGGGUGUGCUUUGGUUUAAGCGCGUAAAAUACUGUGUCCAUCCACGUUUGUGGAGUCUGAAGAAUUCUGAAGGCCUGACUGCAAAAGAGUUAUUCGAGAGAAACCAUUCAGGCAUACGUAAAGAAGCAGAGAAAACAAUCAGAGACUUAGGGAAUUCAGUUCUCAUACUGGCUACUCUUCUCAGUACAAUAAACUUUGCUGCAGUUUUUACAGUCCCCGGAGGAUUUGAUGACAAAACUGGCCUACCUAUUCUCCUCAACACUGAUGGUACUAAGUCAGAGUUGUGGAUGUUGAUGUUUUUCUUAGCUGCAGCUCUUUUCGAUUCAGUAUUCACUAUGGGCGCUUUGCUUUCGUUUCUUCUCUCCAAGUUUGACUCAGAUGACUUUUAUAUUGCCAUUCCAUUGAAGAUCUGUGGUGUCUAUACUUUUGUGUAUUACUCUGCGGCAUUCACAGUUUUGGCCGGCAUUCAAGCCCUUAAUCUUGAGAAUAUAUUCAUGAACAGAGAUGUCUGGUGGCUAAGUUUUUUUAUACUUUGUCUUGCAUUUCUUGUGGCCUUAAUAUUUGUAGACAUGUCUUAUCUCGUUUUUGAUUAUAUGUACCAUUUCCUUCGUUAUUCACUUUCUUACAAGAGGCAAUAUAUGUAAUGCGAAAUACCAUUUGUGAUAUCAUGCUGCAGAUAGCCUUUUUGUUUUUCUGCAUAGCCCAUAUGGAUUGUUGUUCUCGUUCUUGACAUUAAUUCGUCAUUUUCU